AUGUUGUAAAAAUAAAAGUACCGCAUACCAAUUAUUUAUUGACUUAUAAAUGUUAUCCCAAACGCAGAUGAGGAAUCGUCUGUUGUAUGUUCUUCAAAACAAACAUUCCGCGCCGAAGUAAGUUUCUUAUUGUUUGGUAUUUACAAAUAUCAGAAAAAAUGACAUUCCCUCAAGCUCAUCAAAUUGAAUUAAUAGCACUGGCAGAAUUGGCAGGAAUUUCGGCAGUUCCAGGCGUUUAUCGCAUCAUAUUGGAACUUUUAACACUUCAAGUAUCACCAGAAGAUAUAUACAUUCUUUUGAAGCAAAUAUGCCCACAAUUAACUGAAAGACAAGCCACUAAUAAUAUUGAAGAUAUACUUGACACAGCAACCUCAACUUAACACAUAUCUAUAAGCUUAAUUAAGAGUCAUAUUUGAAAAUAAAAAUGCACAAGUAAUUAUACUUUUAUUUCUCAUUAUGUGUAUUUUCACAGAACAUAUUAAACAUUAUAAAUGUAAAUUACAUUGUAAACUUAAAACAUAUUACUUCCAAAUAUAGAAAUUUCACUUUA